GAAGUAAGGCGCAGGCGCUGCGCUUACGGCGCACGCACUCGCGGCACGGUCGCACCUUGGCGUUCGCGUGGGGUCACGCAGUGCGGGCUGAUCCGCCGGAGUCCGGCAUGACGGUCUGGGGUGUCGCUGCUGCCUCCGCUUCGUUCCAGCGUCAUGGAAUGCCUGCGGAGCCUGCCCCGGUUCCUGCCGUGCGCGGUGGGGCUGCCCCGGCGCAGCCUCUGUGCUCUAGCCUGGGGCCUGACGUGGCGCGCCGCUGGACUACUUGGAGGGAGCAGGGCUGCGCUUCUGUGCAGACCCCGCCGGCCCCGCCUGGAAGGUGAAAUGCACCGGUUUAGAACUUCUGAUGUCUCUCAAGCCACUUUAGCCAGUGUGGCUCCAGUAUUUACUGUGACAAAAUUUGACAAAGAAGGAAAUGUUACUUCUUUUGAAAGGAAAAAAACUGACUUAUAUCAAGAAUUAGGUCUUCAAGCCAGAGACUUGAGGUUUCAGCAUUUAAUGAGCAUCACCACCAGAAACAAUAGGAUUAUCAUGAGAAUGGAGUAUUUGAAAGCUGUGAUAACUCCGGAAUGUCUUCUGAUAUUAGAUUAUCGUAAUUUAAAUCUAGAGCAAUGGCUGUUCCGGGAACUCCCUUCACAGUUGGCUGGAGAAGGCCAACUUGUCACAUACCCUUUACCUUUUGAGUUUAGAGCAAUAGAAGCACUCCUGCAGUAUUGGAUCAACACCCUUCAGGGAAAACUGAGCAUUUUGCAGCCACUGAUCCUUGACACGUUGGAAGCUUUAGUGGAUCCCAAACACUCUUCUGUAGACAGAAGCAAACUACACAUCUUACUACAGAAUGGCAAAAGUCUCUCAGAGUUUGAAACAGAUAUCAAAAUUUUCAAAGAGUCAAUUUUGGAGAUCUUGGAUGAAGAAGAGUUGUUAGAGGAACUCUGUCUAACUAAAUGGAGUGACCCACACAUCUUUGAAAAGAGCAGCACUGGAAUUGACCAUGCAGAAGAGAUGGAGUUGCUUCUGGAAAACUACUACCGAUUAGCUGAGGAUCUUUCCAAUGCAGCUCGGGAACUUAGGGUACUAAUCGAUGAUUCACAAAGUAUUAUAUUCAUCAAUCUGGACAGCCACCGCAAUGUGAUGAUGAGGUUGAACCUACAAUUGACCAUGGGAACCUUCUCUCUCUCACUCUUUGGACUAAUGGGAGUUGCUUUUGGAAUGAAUUUGGAAUCUUCCCUUGAAGAGGACCAUAGAGUGUUUUGGCUGAUUACAGGAAUUAUGUUUAUGGGAAGUGGCCUAAUCUGGAGACGUUUGCUGUCUUUCCUUGGACGACAGCUAGAAGCUCCUUUGCCUCCUAUGAUGGCCUCUUUACCUAAAAAGACUCUUCAGGCAGAUAGAAGAAUAGAAAUGAAACACAACUUCAGGCUGGAUGGACUUGGAUCAAGCAGGGGUGUCCUAACAAACCGUUAGUAACAACUUGGUGAAAACAGAAUUUUUUUAUGGUAUCACAAGAAACUUCUGAUACUGUUCAUUAUUUUCUUUAUAUUAUAGAGUCAGAGACUUGGAAAAAAAAUCACUGAUACUUAAGUUAUAUUGUCUGAUGAUAAAAACAUGGCAGUAUAAUACUAGAACUUAAUUGCAGUUUCAGAAUUCUAAGAACUAAAGUGCUUGCUUUGUAAAAAGCCAAACUUCUAUUUCCUACUAACUUAAACAGCUGUUUUUAUAGACAUAUGAGCAUGGAGUUAUUAAGACAAGAAUAGAUUAUUGUAAAGAUGUUAUCUUACACAAAUUGAAGAAAAGUGCAAUUUCAUGUUGAAUGAAGCCUGGAAGCUUGACAAACCCAGUUAUGAGAUCAGGUAGCCAUAGUUUCUAGGACAGAGAAUCAUGUUCUUGAGAAUUUCCUUACUCUCAGGUGACUGAAAAGUUAGCGAAAUAUAUAUUAGCCUUAAAACAAACUCUGGAAGUUUGUGCUUUAAAUCAUUUUUUGACAUGGCCUUAUUUUCUUAUAUUUGCCCCCUUUUUAUAGAAGCUGGAUAAAAAGAAGGAAAUGAUAAUUUAACAUCAGCUUUAGAUGGAUUCCAAUUAAUCAAGACUUCACUUUCUUGACCCCUGAAACUAUUUUUUCUUUGCUUGGCUAUAAUUAAAGCCUUCGGAAAUAGAGUUGAAAGAAAGUAUUUCCAUUCUGUUACUGUUUUAUAGCUUCUUUAGUCAUUCCCGGAUUUUUAGAUUAGAUAAUUGUGUCACUCCAACCCCCAGAAAGGAAAAUGUGUGUAGCUCAGUUAUACUCUGUAUGCCCGCUCCUCAGAGGCUGGCAGAUACGCUUCCUAAAACAGGAGGGUCAUAAACUCUAGUUCUGUGAUCCCUUGGUUUCACAACCAAAUAGCUGAUAUGUGCAAGACUAAAAGCUGCUAUCCUCCUUCACAUCUGAACUAUCUUUUUUAAUAGUUUCUGGAGGUAAAAGGCAGUUAUGCAAUAGGACAUUACAGUUAUACUUGCCUCUAAAAGUAGCAUGCAUGGAAGAUUCCAGAGGGCCCAGAGCAGCCCUUGCACUACAAAUGUAGUCGUGAUAAAAGUAUAAAUACACAUACCCUGAUGAUGUGGUGGGGCACCUGAUACCAUAAUAUGAUGUCAUAUGAGGAAGUUCAGGGGUCCAUUUACCAAGUGAUUUGGUGAUAGGAAUAAAAAUGCUAUGCUACUAGCUGAUUUGAAGGAAAACAGAUGAAAUUAAAAGUGAAGUUUUCCCCACUUUCAUGUGUGGUUAUGAGAAGCCAUUAGAGGGAAGAUGGCACAGCAUAGACUGGGCUUUUCUUAGAGCACUACGUGUCCCAUGUGGCAACUCACUGUGGUCAGGAGCACGCUUUGUGGUGUAGUUGCUGGCAUGUGACUAUACAGCACUCUGGCAUUGUACACCUGUUUGAUAGUACUUAGAUUUCACAAGGCACUCUUCCUUGGCACGCCUCAGAGCACUCUGUUGCUAUUUUUGGUCUUAUCAGGUAAUAUUACUUAAAUGUGACAAAGAAUUGGAACCCAGAGAGCAAAAUUUGAUUUGACUAAGAUUGGGCAUAGGAUAGAGUUUUGGUCAUUUUUUCCUUCUUGUGUUAGUUUGUGCACUUGGGUGAAAUAAUUUUCUUUUGUUUUUUUGAUGAGUCAUGUCUCAUCAAUAAAAGGGAAAUUAAAUGUAACUACCUCAGAAGUCUGAUAAAGGGGAUUUACUGAUAGUUUAUAAAAUUCUCAAAGGUGGUUAAAUCAAGUAUGAUUUUAAAUGUUAGCUAACUCUGUUUUGGUGAUAACAGGAUGCUUCUUAUAUUAAGGUUCUAUUAAAUAAUAUAACAGCCUGUGCCAAAAAAAUACAAAGUUCAGCAGUUUUAAAUUUUAAAUUAAAAUAGACUGAGCACAUAAACUAUUC